AUGGCGAAAGACGACAAACGCGUAGAAGAGGUCAAUGGCGUACCGCAGGAGCGGCAGGGCACUCGACCUGACUUCUCAGUACUGCCGCCGAGGAAACAAUUGCCAAAAGAACUUCAAGAUACAUUGAACGAUGAGGAGAAGCUCUGGGAAGUCAUGUACGAGGGAAAAGCCGAAGAUACCACAGACACAUCGAUUCGAUAUGCCGCGUACGCAAGCCGAAUACGCACAAUCAUGCUCUCCGCCCACCGCUACGUCGCAUACACAUCCGACAUAGGCGAAUCCUUCCGUCCCAUCGCACAUCCAUACCUUGUCAAGGGCGCAUACGGAGUAUCGUGGCUAUACCUCAUCGGUGACGUUUCUAAUGAAGGAUACAAGGCAUACUGCCGAAACCAACGAACACUACAUCCCGAGCAGUACCUAGUCGAUGAAACAGAGAAGAAGGACGACAAGGACACGUCAGCUACUGGACGAAGUACUGGUAUUCUAAACAAAGUACAAGAGGUGGCUAAGAAUGUGACGAGUACGGAUGGUGUAAAGUAUGGGAGUGCGGGGGGCGCACUGACUGGAGGGCAGAUUGCGCCUGGGAAAGUACCUGCGAUUGAAGACUAUCGGUCUGUCAUGGCGCAACGAGCCAUUUUCCAAGCAGUCGCAUCCAUGGGCUUGCCCGCUUUCACAAUUCACAGCAUUGUCAGAUAUUCUGGACGGGCGUUGAAGGAUGCGAAGAACAGGACUUUACGGACGUGGGGUCCCAUUGGGCUCGGUCUCGCAGCCGUUCCUUUCUUGCCGUACAUGUUUGAUGAGCCGGUCGAGCAUGCAACGGAAUACAUCUUCUAUAACGCAUUCAAGAUGUUUGGUGGGGAAAAGGCCGUGGAGGGACGACCAGUUACAGGCGCGAAGGAAUUAAGGAGAGAAGAGAGUCAGUCGGGUCACCAGAAGGAGCUAUAA